CGUGAUAGAUUUUACUAUCGUUUAUAUUUUAGUUAAGAGAAUUGAUUAGAAAACCUCUAAAAGUGUUAAGAAGUGACUGAAAUUAACAGACACCAUGGAUAGUAGUACUGACGAUAGUAUUACUAGUAAUGAGGAUGUUACGCCUAGAAUGGUAGAGUCUUUUGACAAUUACUCUCAGCAGGAUGUUGUUAGUGACGUCAAUAAUGAUUCCCAGUAUGUGAUACAAAAUACAAUGUAUCGCUAUAAUAACUUUGAUAAUUCGCUGAUUUCAUAUAAUGGAGAACAGCAUGAGCAAAAAAUUUCUAUCUAUGAUAGUGAGCAGUAUAGUAGAUAUGAUAAAAUAGAUACCAGUCAUAAGGAUAGUAUGUUCGAACACCAGAAUAAAAGGAAGAAAUUGAAUAAUGGAGAAGCGUUUGAUACUACUACAUCUUCAGGAGAGAAGUAUAUUGAAGAAAAUAAAGUAGUGGAUAAUGCAGAAGUUUAUACCAACGAAAGUAAAGUACCCUCGAAAAUUCAGCAUAUGAUGAAAAAGAUGGGAUACAAGCCAGGUAAAGGCCUUGGAAAAGAUGAUCAAGGUCGCGUUGAACCAAUAGAAGCAGUUAAACAACGUGGACGAAGAGGAAUUGGACAUUACGUGCCGGGUCUCAAGGAAGCAAGCCUGAAGUGGAAUGCUGCAGAAGAAGAAAUAAAAGUUGUAGAAGAUAUGGAAUGGUUGCGAAACACACAUUCUACAUUUUUUAUUGAAGAUAUAAAUUCGUUGCGUUGGAUAAAGUAUGGACCGAAGAAAGACACUAUAGACGACGAGACCAUGUUUUGCAAUCCAAAUAUUCUAAGGCAGGUCAUUGAUUCUAAAACUAUAUUUGACAAAUUGGACAAAGCAGAAAUGCGUAAGGCAAGAACGCGUUCAAAUCCAUACGAAACAAUUCGAUGUGUAAACUUCUUGAAUCGUGCAGCAGUCAAGAUGGCGAAUAUAGACACAGCGUGUGGUUUUAUGUUCACUAAUCCAAAGAAUAUCGAUCCCAAUGAAUUGCUGUACUUCGCAGAUGUGUGUGCUGGUCCAGGUGGUUUUAGUGAAUAUAUUUUGUCAAGAAAGAAGUGGCACGCCAAAGGAUUUGGAUUCACUUUGAAGAAUGAAAAUGAUUUUUCAUUGGAUGAUUUCUUCGCUGGACCAUGUGAAACUUUCCAUCCGUUUUAUGGCACCAAAAACAACGGAAAUGUAUUUGACGCGCAAAAUCAAAGAGAGUUUAGAUCGAUGGUGAUGGGACAUACUGAUGGUAAAGGUGUACACUUCAUGAUGUCAGAUGGAGGAUUUUCAGUGGAAGGUCAAGAAAAUAUACAGGAGAUUUUAUCGAAGCAAUUAUAUCUAUGUCAAUGCUUAGUGGCGUUGAUGAUAGUGAGACCAGGUGGACAUUUUGUUACAAAACUGUUCGAUUUAUUUACACCAUUUAGCGUUGGGCUUGUUUAUCUAAUGUACCAUUGCUUUGAAAGUAUUUCGAUUUUCAAGCCGAAUACUUCCAGACCAGCUAAUUCAGAACGCUACUUAAUAUGUAAAAGGAAGAAAAAGGAUACGCAAGCGGUGAUGGAUUACCUGUCUCAAAUUAAUUGCUUGCUUUCGAGGAGAGAUGAUAUCAACGAUGUGAUUGAAAUAGUACCUCUUGAUGUAUUAGAAGAAGACAAGGAAUUUUUAAGAUACGUGAGAAAUUCCAACGAUACUUUAGGGAAAAAACAGAUAGUAAAUCUGUUAAAAAUUGCUGCAUUUUGUGAAGAUCCAACAUUGAUUGAACCUAAACAAGCCGAGAUGCGGAAAGAAUGCCUCAAGUAUUGGAAUUUGCCAGACAGAACUAGAGUAAGGCCUCAAGUAUCAAAGCCACAAGACAAGGCGCAGGAAAUAUUGGGUGACUGUAUCGAGUUGCUCAAAUGUCAAGCGACACAAUUAAAGAACGACAACGUACGGAAUACGAUAUUAAAUCAGCCAUUUGAUUGGUAUUGUAUGCCGUGUGGUACAGGCCCGUAUUUCGAGACAGAAACGUUGGCGACGUUUUACUUGGGUCUAGGAAGAAAACAGGUGUACCGGUAUAUAGGAGGCAGAUGGGAGAUUGUAAGAUGCAAUACAGGAACACUCGAGCUACCGUCCAAUACUCUUGUAUAUGCUGAAAUAGUAAACGAAAGAAAAUGGACGGGAACGUAUUUCGCAAAGACAAAAGCAUUACAUAUUAUAGAUGCAUAUAUGCUUGGUGGAGAGGAUGUAAGCAAGCUGUAUUUAUCCCAUCGAUCUAAUCUCACGAAGAAAUUGCGUCUGCUGUCAUCAGAUAUACAUAGAAGAUUACGAAUGAUAACAGAUCAGAGCGUAAAGUUGCCCACCGCUUUCGAACUCGCGAAGAAUCCACUGGAACGCAACAUGAGCAUAGUUAAUACAACGGAAGAUAAUGAAAUGAAUCCGAAGGAACCCAUGCAAAAACCCGUUUAUUCGGCAUUUAACAGCGUGAUAUUCGUACGAAGCAUUGUUAAACCAUGGGCACGUCAUCUUAGCCAAAAGGCUGGUGAAUUUUACGUUUAUAAUAUAUUAACCAAACAAUCAGAAUUUGAAAUUCGAAAUAGAUUGAACAAUAGACCACCUGCUGCUGAGGCAAGUUUCGUCCAAGCAUUCAAGGAACGUGUUAUUUGGAGUUGGCCGCAAGAUACCAACGAUACAUUAAAUAUGAAUACUUUAGUUCAAAUGAUAAAUCAAACAUUAUGUCCCAGAAGUACUUAACUUGUAAUAUAAACGCGUAUGUAACUACUGUACAUAUUGUAAAAUCACAUUUGCAUGUAUAUAGUUUGUAUAUACAAAUCGAUUUUAAGAACGAAAUAUUAGGAAAAGUUUAUUAACGACGUCUAUAGAGAUUUUACAUGACAUAUAUGCGUCGAAAAAAAUAUAUGUAUACAUAGAAUGAAACGAACAAAUGCCUUCAAAUCGUAAUUAAAUUAAUAGUUACGUUUACACUGUGAAUUUAGGCCAUAUCGGUCUAUAUCCCAAAUUCGAUCUAAAUUGUUUAGGUCCCUUGUUGUAAACACUUGAGAGAUGACCUGACCUGUAGGUCAGGCCGCGUGCAAACGUAGCCAGUAUGUUAAC